GCACUACUUAUCGAGCUUUUUUUGGAUUCAGUAUUGAAGUGACUUUGAGACGGUGUGGACAAGUAAAUAUAUAUCUUUAUCGAUUGUCACUACGAAACGCGAAAAAGUGUACGGGCAACGAAAGGGUCCCAAUUUUGAAAGUGCAAAAAAAACAAGCUCUGUGCUCGACAAAUUCAAAAAGCUCGAAAAAAAAAUAAAAUGGCGCGCGAUCAAUUGAAUUCCGGCAUGCGCUGUGCAAAAUUUAUGCUAGUAAUCGUGAGCUUUAUGUUUGCGCUCACCGCAGUUUUGCUAAUUAUGGUCGGCUCAACAAUUCAGGCGAUAUUCGGCAAUUUCAGCCAGUUCAUCGACGGGCACUUCUUCUCACCGCCAGCAUUGCUCAUCGCCAUCGGUUUCAUUUUGUUGUUCGUCGCAACACUGGGCGCUUAUGGUGCGGUUAAGGAGAGUGUAAUGCUAAUCAAUUUAUACGGUGUUAGCUUGUUCUUGGUGUUUAUUCUGGAAGUGGCUGCCGCCAUUGCCGCCUUUGUAAUGCAAACCCAAGUGCGUAGCAUGCUGAUGCGCACCAUGAACGAUUCCCUCAUGCAAUAUUAUGACAAUGAAUAUGUGGAAGUCGGUGUGGAUUUCAUGCAGGCCACUCUCGGCUGCUGUGGCGUAAAUAGCCCCUUGGACUGGAAGCCUCUGAAUAGCACUUAUACCGAAAAAAUUGAGGUGCCAUCAUCUUGCUGUGAAGAAUUCUCUAUCGCCGAUAUCAAUGAUUGUAUCAGCCCUUACGACAGCGGUUGCUUGCCACGUAUGGACAAUAUUAUUUCGCAGAGCGCAAUGCUAACUGCUACCGGUGCUACUACUGUGGCUUUUGUGCAGUUACUUGGCGUUCUCUGCGCCUUCAUGUUAGCCAAAACGCUACGCCGCAACAAAUCGAUACGUAAAGCCCGCCGCUGGCAGCUACAACAAAACUUGGGUGUACUCAUUUCGGGUGGAAAGGUGGUACCACCGACCAAUUCACCAAUUAACGGCUAUACACAAUUGGAACGCGCCGAACGUUAUAUGGAACACGAUCCUAUUACGUAUACGUCAAGCAGUCCCAGUGUUAAUUGAAAAGGAUAGAGGGAGAGAGGAAGUGAGUUAGAGCAGGGAAAUGGUCAGCAAAUUAGAGUGCCUAAAGGAAAAGUUUUUUUCUCAUUGUUUAUUGUAUUGUUGUAAUAGCAGUUAUUUUUAAAUACAAGAAUAAUAAAUUGUUGUCAAAUGUUGCAAGUUGUGCUUGAAAAAGUCAAUAUAAAUAUAUAUUUUACAUAAAGCUAUAUGUAUAAUUGUAAACCAUACAUAUAUUUAUAGCGUGCAAUUUUAACUCACUUUAUUAGCAAGUAUAUUGUGUCAAAUAAAAUAAAAGUUUUAUUCAAAUGAG